AGGACGGACCCAACCGGGCAGGGGAGCCGGAAGUACUGCGCUGAAGCCCAUUGAUAGCACGCGGGAGGGCUUGGUGAGCAGCAAGCGGCCGGUGCCGGACGGGAGCGGGGCGACUCCUCCGCGAAGAUCCCGCGUUAGGCGAGAGGAGCCGUAAAGGGGAGCGACCCCCCCGCGCGUAGUCGCUGACCGACCUCUUUCCCCCGCCCCCCGGCGGAGCGGUGGCCCCCUCGCAGCGCAUACACUUCCCGGCAAGGGGAAGAGCUGAACUUCCUGUGCUUUCUCGCCACGAAAGAGGUGACCCACGGAGUGAAGACUUGAUCCCCCCAAGCCUGGCGAGCAGCGGGCACUGAAACUCCCCUGCUCUGUGGUGGGGAAAGCUGAGCAGCCCCCUGCCUUGAAAGCCUGUGCCGGGGCGCGAGGAGAGUUGCGUAUGCCCAUCCCGCGCUGGCCUGCGGUGGGCAGAGCUGGGAACUUGCGUCCCAAGUGACUUGCAGUGGGCAGGAGCUGCUCUUUGCCAUUGUAAGAUUGUUGGGGAACAGUGGAUCCCCUGUCCAAAAAAAAUCCGGACUUCGUGUGCAACAUGAGCCCAACCAUCUCUUACAAGGACAGCAGCCGGCAGCGCCGGCCUGGCAGCUACCAGCAGUCCAUGGACAUGGAGAUCAAACCUCCACCACCAGCUCUGUACAUGGAUAAUCACACUGAAAGACUAGGAGAAGAUGACACAGAGGCACUGCUCCAGGAGCAUAACUCACCAUCCUACAUGGUGCCCCGGGGAUAUCGGGCAGAACUGGGUAGUAUCCUGCUCCUCCUUUUUCUCUAUGUACUACAGGGUAUCCCAUUGGGGCUGGCAGGCAGCAUCCCACUCAUCUUACAGAGCAAGAAUGUCAGCUAUAAGGACCAGGCUUUUUUCAGCUUUGUCUUUUGGCCUUUCAGUCUCAAGCUGCUCUGGGCCCCAUUGGUGGAUGCAGUCUAUUUCAAGAGCUUUGGCCGCCGCAAGUCCUGGCUUGUGCCCACUCAGUACAUCCUGGGGUUUUUUAUGAUGUACCUGUCCACACAGGUAGACUUCCUGUUAGGCGAUGUGGAGGGCAAGAGUCCUGAUGUGGUGGCCCUCACCGUGACUUUCUUUUUGUUUGAGUUCCUGGCUGCCACACAGGACAUUGCUGUGGAUGGCUGGGCACUGACUAUGUUGUCACGGGAAAAUGUGGGCUAUGCUUCCACUUGUAACUCUGUUGGCCAAACAGCUGGUUAUUUUUUGGGAAAUGUCUUGUUCUUGGCCCUUGAAUCUGCCUCCUUCUGUAACAAAUAUUUGCGGUUUCAACCUCAACCCAAAGGAAUUGUUACCCUUUCAGAUUUCCUAUUUUUCUGGGGAGCUGUCUUCUUAAUAACUACUACUUUAGUGGCCCUCUUGAAAAAGGAAAACAAGGAAGUAACACCAUCAAAAGAAGAAACAAAAGGCAUCACUGAUACAUACAAACUGCUCUUCUCGAUAGUAAGAAUGCCAGCAGUUCUUACUUUCUGUGUCCUGAUUUUAACAGCAAAAGUUGGCUUCUCAGCAGCGGAUGCAGUAACAGGACUUAAAUUGGUGGAAGAAGGAGUACCUAAAGAACACUUAGCUCUACUAGCUGUUCCAAUAGUACCUUUACAGAUAAUAUUGCCUCUGAUCAUCAGCAAAUACACAGCAGGUCCACAGCCACUGAACACAUUUUACAAAGCUAUGCCUUUUAGGUUACUGAUAGGCUUGGGAUUUGCUCUUUUGGUUUGGUGGACUCCUAAAGUACAACAUGAAGGAGGAUUUCCUAUCUAUUACUAUAUUGUGGUGUUGCUGAGUUAUGCUUUACAUCAGAUUACGUUGUACAGCAUGUAUGUUGCUAUAAUGGCUUUCAAUGCCAAAGUUAGUGAUCCACUGAUUGGAGGAACAUAUAUGACACUUCUAAAUACUGUGUCGAAUCUGGGAGGAAACUGGCCCGCCACGGUAGCUCUUUGGCUUGUUGAUCCACUUACAGUGAAAGAGUGUAUAGGCGCACAGGAACAGAGUUGUGGAACUACAGCUGCUGCAGAACUCUGUACAAAACUUGGUGGCUCUUGUGUUACGACCCUGGAUGGUUAUUAUGUAGAAUCCAUAAUAUGCGUUGCUCUGGGAUUUGUCUGGUGGUUCCUUCUUGGGCCAAAACUUAAAAAGCUGCAAGAUGAAGGACAAUCUUCAUGGAAAUGCAAGAGGACCAAUUGAUGUAAUUUAAAUACUGGAUGGAACUAGCAAGUUGUUAGAGCUUAGUUUUAAUGCAGAGACAUUUCAUACUCAUUAAACAGGAGUAUACAUAUUUUUAAAAUGCCAAAUGGUUGGGAAAACUAAGACCACUAAAUGUGGCAUUUGUGUAUGUAAUACCAUUUGCUCUAUGUGAAAAUCUAGUUAAGGUCAGAAAAGUAAUUCUCAAAAAUGGCAAGUUUGUACUACACAUUUAUGUCCUCUAGCUUCAGAGUCAUGGCUGCCUUUAUCUGUUUAGACCAGCAACACUUAAAUUGCAGUGCAGUAGCUAUAGAGGAGCAAACUGUUCCAUAUGUAUAUAUCAAAAUCAGCAUUUUCAGCUAAGUUGUGUUCUCUUUUUAAAAAAAGAAAGUUAAGCAAAAACAAUUUUGGCUUGAUCAAUUAACAAGUUGGCCUUGGGAGUGCUGUAAUUUAAAAGAAUAUUUAAUUUGUAAACUAAGCGCAUAUAAAAUAGCAGUGAUUGAGGAAGAGUAAAUGUAGAACACACAUGUCAUUUUCUUAUCACUUUCCUGACCACAACCACACUUCAAUGGUUGAAACAGUGUGUUUAAAAGCCUCUUUUAAAUGUAUUUUCUGGCUUUUAUAAGCUUUAAAGAUUUAUAAGAAACAAUAUUUUUUUAUAGAUUUGAAAGGUUUUUAAUUUAUUGUCUCUUGUUUCAAGGCACUUUGUUUCAAAAAGUAGAUCAGUUUUUUUGCAGUAAAAGUAGUAUGAGGUGGGAUUUAUGUGAUGAGUGCUGCACAGUGCCCUUAGUAAGCCUUGAGUGUUGAAGGGUCAGAUCGAGUGUUGAAGCUUUUGUGUGUUAAAGGCUAAGCUUCAAAAUAAUAAAAGCUGGCAUAAUCCUUACUGGGUUCUGUUUGCAUUUGUGAGGGAGAAAUGUGACUGGCUGUGUAGUUCUUGUAUUAUGUGAGAAUUGGAACAUACAGAUUAAAAAAUGAGUGAGAAGUCAUAAACAUUUAUGUAUAGUCUAAAGAGAAGGGUGAACAAAAGACAUUCAGUGCCUUUGAAAGAUGUAGUCUGUGGUGAUGAUAAAAUUGCUCAUUACAGCACAUUAACCGGUUAAGAAAUAGGUUGUAACUAACUGUACAAACAUCAUCUAUAACAAUUCCUUCAAAAACUCAUAAACUGGUACUUUCUAAUUGAGAUUUGCUUGCUACAUUCAUUAUCAGCAGAUGAAUUAGUUUCUUGAGUGCCUUAGUUAUGCACAGCGUGCUGUAUAUCCAAUGAAAAGGCACUUGUGUAUUUUGUCGGAGGUAUGUUAUACAUCAUUACUUCAAUUGAAUAAUAUUAAAAAUACCUUUUUAAAGGUGAUAGGUUAAUAUCUGAUUCUCUAUAAUACUCAAUUAAAUAUCAGAUGUUCCACCUGUCUUGUGUGCUUUUAAUAUUUUUAAAGAAAAUAAUUUUUUUGCUGACAUAAAUUAACAUUAAUUCUUGAUUCUAAUUGAAUUAGGAUUAAAUAUAAUGGUAGGGUUUUUAUUCAGGUCUGGGGAGUAAGAUUAUUGGUAACAGUUGGGAGAAAAGGGUGGGUGGGUUGGUUGGUUUGUUUGAGUACCAAAGAUUGCUCCCCUACCUCCUUCCACCCCUCUUGCCACCCUCACCCACAAUAAAAAAAAAUAAGCUUGCAUUUGGCUGGAUGUCAUCAGAGAACACAGAAGUGCAGAAUUGAGACAUAGCUGGAGUUAUGAACUCCAGUUUCCUCUUGCUGCAGUGUGUUGGUCCAGUUUAACAAUAGCAUAUUAUGUGUAUCUUAAUUCUUUUAAAAUAACUGAUUAAGAAAUCAAGCCUACUGACUUGAAUAUAAAAGCACAGCUCUCGCAUGAAAUAUUUUCAUUUUCCAAAAUCUUUAAGAUAAAGUUUAAAUUAUUUGGGUUAAUUUAAAUCCAUUGCUGUCUGCUGGAUAAGUGCAAACAGAACAUACUGCCAGCUUUAGUAGCAUAGAAAAGCAGUUGUCAGUUUUCAGCCAUGACCAAAAGUCCUCUAAUGGCUUGAAUAUGGCUUUUACUUUUUGCCUGCUUUUGCAAAAACUUAUGGACUGCAGAAUAUAUACAAUUAAAUGCAGACAUUUUUCCAGUUGGCCCUCCUUUUGCAAUUCUGUAUUACUGUUUUUACAUGUGCCAAGAUGAUUCUUAUUAAUAAAAUAUUUUGUAUUUGAAGUAGCUUAAUCAUCAGAGCAACUUUGCAAUUUCUAAAUAAAACCUAAAACCAAAAUCAAUAGUAAAACAAAGUAAUGUAUUUGAAAUGUACUUUCUUUAGGUAAAAGGCAUAGUUUAAUAACGACUUUCAAUGUCUGGUCUGUCAAAUGAAGGAAUAUCUUGUGCUGUGUUUUAACAUAGCUUAAAUUGGAAAUGCUGCAGUUAUAAUGUUUGAGUGGCAGAUUGCUAAAUGAUCCUGUUAAUGGUACAUGCUUUCUCUCUCAUAAAGAGGAAUACAUCUAGAUGUGCACAGAUUUCAACUGGCAUGAUGAGAAAACUUACUACUUAAUAUUUAAAUGGGAAAUUGGAGAAAGUGAAGGACAUUCUAGGUACUAUUAUGUGGAAACAUUGCAUAAUGUAAAUGGGUAAAUAUAUUGCCUCUUAGUCAAUAGAUGUUUUAUGGCACCAAGUAAAUAAACUUUUUUCCCCAGUAUACCUAGGGAGCAUCAUGACUAGUGAUCUUUGGACAUGGGCACAUCUAGCUCAUUAGUCUGAAUCUAGUUCUGGAUUGAAGUGAUCAAAAGUCAUUAUCACUUAUCGUCUAUAAUAAGGAUAUCAGCCAAAUAAGUUGGUGUUCUCAGACCCUUUCUUAGUAGGUAGGUGGUCUUGUCAUAAAUAUCAAGCACUCUUGUUUGGCAGUCACAGCAAAGAGCUGAAGGAUUGAUGGGCCAUGUAAACUGAAGUUAUCUGCUUUGUUUCUAGAUAUCUCUCCAGAACAGCGUUGAGGUGCAUUGGUUGGGCAGCGUGGGAAUGUUCUUGUAUCCAUUUUGUAAAGAGAUUUUUUUAUUAUUAUUCUAAUGCUGUCAGUCCAAUACCCUUUCACAAGCAUUUAAACUUUUUCCUCUUUUUAAAUUAACAAUUAGUGUCUCAAGUUGCUUAGAAAUACUUUAUUCUUAACUAGAAUUCAAGUAGAUUAGGGCUAUUACCAACUUUUGUCAUCUACCAAUAAUAGCGAGUUUUCUGCAAAGUUGUAAUAUUUCAUUGUAGUUUUGUGAAAUUACAUUAAAAGCUACCUGAAAACAAACACCCCAGUGAUCUGAAAUAUGGUAUAAAUAUAUAACUGACUGAUAAAGGAUGGUGUAGAGAUCUCGAGUCUUGAUAAAAACAAAACAGGGAGAUGUUAGACUGGGGUUUCUCAAUUUUUAUGAGCCAGGCCCCCUCCGCCCCCCAACUUUUUUUAAUAUUGAAGCCUCGCUUCACAAAAUGGGAUUUUCUAAUAUAAUCAGGAUGGAACUGGAGCUAUUAAUAUAUUGAUUCUAAUAAAGGAGAUGCUACUUUACAUAAAUCAGACAGCAAGAUCAACAGACUAAUUGUGCAUAGGCUAGGAAACCUUGUAAAAGCAUUAACCUUAAUACAAAGUUUUCAGGGCAGUAUUUCUCAAUGUCCGCAUCGAAGAGUGCUAGUGGGCGCUGCAACCCUGUGUGCCAGGUCACAAUGCGACUUAUUCAAAUUUGGCCCCCAGAUGACCCUCUGUCAUGAUGGAGGGGUGGCCAACCCGAAUUUGAGUGGCUGCAAUCCUGUGUGUCAGGUCACAGUGUUGCUCACUCAUGUCGUCGUAAUGCCACUCAUUCAAAUUUGGCCUGGCCCUCCCUCAGGAUUGAGGGGUGGCCAAGCAAAAUUUGAGUGAGUGGCA